CGUCAAUUAGCUUAAACUGAGCGAAAGCUCACUCACGACGGAUGAUCACCGGUUUUCGAGUCGAGUCUCUAAUUGGAUUAGAUUAGGCAAAACCUGAUUAGGUUGCAUUCUGAUGGAGGAACAGCAGCAAACGUAGAGGAAUUCUAGAAUUCUGUUUUGUUUUUGUACAAAAUUGACAUAUUAAUGCUAUUUGUUGUUUACAAAGGUGGUUCUGUUGUUUACGCGAAUUGAUGGCUGCUUUUGGCUCAGUUAAUCGGAACGCGAUGCAUAAGCAAUGUUGGUCGCUACUUUUGAUCGGUUCGCUGAUCGUCACGUUCGCGUUGAUGUUCAGUUAUUGGCACUUUGUGCCGCAUCAGCUGAACAUGAUGUGGUCCCUCUUUAGAAACAAUGGGAGUGAGAAGACGCCGGCUGCUUCAGAGAUCAAGUAUUUUUUUCCACCGGAGCCGGUGCCAGAGGAGCUGAAUCUAAAACGCGGCGGGCCUUUUAUCUAUCAGAUAUUGCACUAGUUAAUCGGACACUAGUAUUAUGUAUUCUUAAACUGUUUCUAUAUUUUAAAAAUAAAUUUAAAUUACAUGUG